AAAGCCAUUGUAGUGAUAUGCUGUGAACUCAUUGUUGCUGUGCAAUUUUUGAACGAUGGCGGAUCAAACGUUAGGGAGAAAGAUCUACGACGGGGCGAUAGUGGCUUUGGAGGUUAUGGUUCUGGAUUUGAAGAUGAUGUUCAGUCUCAUCAAAGCUAUCUUUGAAUUCUUCGUCCCACCGAAACUGAAGAGCGUUGAGAAUGAGAUUAUACUUAUCACAGGCACUGGCCACGGUAUGGGACGGGAGGUGGCACUGCGUCUAGGCAGACUGGGAGGCAAAGUAAUCUGCGUUGAUAUCAACAAAAAGGGAAAUCAGGAGACGGUCGACCUAAUCCGGAAGGAAUCUGGCAAGGCUUAUAGAUACGAAUGUGACGUAACGAACCGAGAAGCCGUUCUGGAGUUGAAAGAAAAGGUCUGCCGUGAAGUGGGAGAAGUGACGAUGCUAAUUAACAAUGCGGGCAUCAUGCCCUGUAAACCCUUCCUAGCCCACAACGCAGCAGAAAUACGAGCCGUAUUUGAACUUAACAUCAUAGCACAUCACUGGACAUGCCAAGCAUUCUUGCCGAGUAUGAUGGAACGUAACCACGGUCAUAUUGUAGCCAUGUCGUCGAUGGCAGGAUUGUUGGGUCUGCGGAACCUGGUACCUUACUGCGCCACCAAGUACGGUGUACGAGGGUUCAUGGAGUCCCUGUCUGAGGAACUUAGAGAGCAUCCAAAAGAUUACAGUGGGAUCAAAUUCACCACAAUUUUUCCUUAUAUAGUCGACACGGGUUUGUGCAAGAACCCUAAAGUGAAGUUCACGAAUCUGAUGAAGAUUGUGAGCCCCCAAGAGGCUGCUGACCAGAUUGUCGAUUCUAUUAGACGGAAUUACUUCUCUAACACUAUUCCCAAGUCGAUGCAUUACAAUAUCAUGAUGGCCAACGCCCUGCCGCGAGACGUUGGUCUCCAUGCGAAAGAUUUCGUCGACUCGGGUCUUGAUCCUCACCCGUACUAACUUUUUUAUAUAAAAAUAAUAAUAUAGAAACGCCUUAUCGUCCCUAUUAUAACGAAUGGACGUGAAUUAUAGUUUCGUAAGUAAUUUUUUGUUGAAAAUUUCAUGCGACGACUCCUCAUAAAAUUUGACUAUUUGCUGUUUUUGCUUCUUUUUUAAGCAAAAAUAUUAUUUUUCAAAUGAUUUAUGAUCUUGCCGCAAUGGAAUUCUAAAAUUUGACUUAUAGAAAAUUAUAAUUGUUCAAAUAUAAAAGAGUCAUAACAAACAAACAUCAUCCAUACAUAUUAGGAGCGAUAUUCGCAAGGAAUCAGAAAGAAAAUAUAUGCCGUUCUUACAGUACUACUCUAGAAACUAAUAUAUAAUAUAGAAUAAAAUGCCAAAAUAGUAAAUUACGUUCAUGAUAAUAAUGAAUGAAUGAAAGAAUGAAAGAAUUUAUUUCAGACUACAUGUCCAUAUAAUGUUAGUA